AUGAAGCUAAUGGCAGACAACUAUGAGGAUGACCACUUCAAAUCCUCCCAUUCCAAUCAAACAAAUCAUAAACCCUCCCCAGACCAGAUCAUCCAGCCCCUCUUAGAACUUGACCAAAAUAGAAGCAAAUUAAAGUUGUAUAUUGGACACCUGACAGCCCUCUGCCAUGACCGAGACCCCCUGAUCCUUCGUGGACUCACCCCACCAGCUUCCUAUAAUUUGGACGAUGACCAGGCAGCUUGGGAGAAUGAGCUGCAGAAGAUGACCCAGGAACAGGUGAGCCUCUCACUUGAGCUUUGACAAGGGCCUGCUAAGAUCCAGCCGCUAUUCAUUUGGGCACAGUGGGAGCUCCUUGGGGAAUUCAGUGUUCAGAUUCAAGAUUUUGGGGUGUGGAGAGAAUUCUUGGUUUGGGGAAUAGUU